AUGGCGAUCAACGGCAAUGCUGUGGUCGAUGCCCAACCCGAGGCCACAACCGGCAACCCUUCGCAUCGGUAUCUGAGCACUCGUGGCGAGGACUCUGGAUUUACUUUUGAGCAGGCUGUCCUCAAGGGCCUCGCCUCCGAUGGUGGUCUCUUCAUCCCCGAGGCCAUCCCGGCUGCCACCAAUUGGCAGUCUUGGAAGGAUCUUUCCUUUACCGACCUGGCCUACGAGGUGCUCUCGCUCUACAUCUCUCCCGACGAGAUCCCGCCCGCCGACCUCCGUGACAUCAUUCAGCGCAGCUACGCGACAUUUCGCCACGCCGACACCACGCCGCUCGUCCACCUCGAGAACAGCCACUAUCUGCUCGAGCUGUUUCACGGGCCGACGUUUGCAUUCAAGGAUGUCGCGCUGCAGUUUGUCGGCAACCUGUUUGAGUACUUCCUCGUGCGUAAGAACGAGGGCAAGGAAGGCAAGGAUCGCCACCACCUCACCGUCGUUGGCGCGACCAGCGGUGAUACAGGCUCCGCCGCCAUCUACGGCCUCCGCGGCAAAAAGGACGUUUCCGUCUUCAUUAUGUUCCCGACGGGCCGCGUCAGCCCCGUUCAGGAAGCGCAGAUGACGACGGUCCUUGAUCCCAACGUCUAUAACCUCUCCGUCGGCGGCACCUUUGACGACUGCCAGGACAUUCUCAAGGCCAUAUUUGCCGACAAGGACGCCAAUGCCACCCUCAAUCUCGGCGCCGUCAACUCCAUCAACUGGAGUCGCAUCCUCGCCCAGAUUGUCUACUACUUCCACGCCUACUUUUCGCUGGCCAAGCAGUCGCCCGAGUUCAAAAUCGGCGACAAGGUCCGCUUCGUUGUACCCACGGGCAACUUUGGCGACAUUCUGGCCGGCUACUUUGCGCAACGCAUGGGGCUGCCCGUCGACAAGCUCGUCAUCGCAACGAACGAAAAUGACAUUCUUGACCGCUUCUGGAAGACGGGCAAGUACGAAAAGCACGCGUCGUCGUCGACGUCGGGCGAGACCGCCGCCACCGCGCCCGCAGUCGGCGCCGACCCGUCGGGCGUCCGUGAGACGCUCAGCCCCGCCAUGGACAUUCUCGUCUCGAGUAACUUUGAGCGCCUGCUGUGGUUCCUCGCCCACGAGUUUGCCGCCACCGCCGGCAUGGACGCCGCUUGGAACGAGCGCCAGGCCGGGCAGGAGGUGUCCCGCUGGUUGCGUGAGCUCAAAGACGUCGGUUCCUUUGGCCCUGUCUACCAGGAUGUGCUCGCCGCCGCCCAGCGUGACUUCGAGUCGGAGCGCGUAACUGACGCCGAAACACUCGAAACCAUCACCGGCUUUUACCGCCGCCUCGGCUACGUGCUCGACCCUCACACGGCCGUCGCCGCCGCCGCCACCCAGCGCUCCGUCGCCCGCGCCCCCUCGGGCAUCCCGCACAUCUCGCUGUCGACGGCUCACCCGGCCAAGUUCUCGGGUGCUGUGGAGAAGGCGCUCGCGGGCGAACCCGGCUUCAAUUUCGCGGCGCAGGUGCUGCCGCAGGAGUUUGUGGGUCUCGAAACGAGGGAGCGCCGUGUAGAGACUGUUGAAAACGACUGGCGCAAGGUGCGCGACCACGUCAAGGCGCAGGUGGAAAAGGAGCUUGCCGGACAGCGGUAA